AUGGAUGAAUCACGCGAAGAAAACCAAUUCAUUGUAGAUGAUGUAAGCAAAAUCAUCAAGGAAGCUAUCGAAAGUACCAUCGGUGGCAACGCCUACCAGCACGACAAGGUAAACCACUGGACCGGCCAGGUGGUGGAGAAUUGUCUCAGUAUGCUGACCAAGGAGCAAAAGCCCUACAAAUACAUAGUCACCUCCAUGAUAAUGCAGAAAAAUGGUGCCGGCCUACAUACAGCCAGUUCAUGUUAUUGGAACAAUGACACCGAUGGCAGCUGCACAGUGCGUUGGGAAAACAAGACCAUGUACUGUAUUGUGUCGGUGUUUGGUUUGGCUGUAUAAGC